AGAGCCCAUCUAUACCUUUUGUAACAGGACACUUUGGCCGCCGCACCUAGCUGACUGUACCUCAGGCUUUUCUACCACGGCUACAAAACAACCUAGUCGUCCGAAGCACCCGAGCUUCAGGGAAGACAAACCAAGCUGACAAAUAAAUCAAGAUGGCUGGACGAUUCUCCCAGGAUCAGCUGAAGCAGUACAAGGCGGUUUUCGAGGCUUUCGAUAAGAACAAGGACGGCGUGAUCAACGCGGAGGAGUUGGAAACGGCACUCAAGCAGCUCGGCCAGGCCCCGACAAAGGAAAUGGUUCGGGCCAUGAUCAAGGCGGCUGAUAAGGAUGACAGUGGCACUCUGAACUUCGACGAGUUCCUGGGGAUGGUGUACCAGGUCAUGUCCAACCAGCCGGCCGAGGAGACGCUUCGUGAAGCCUUCAGAACCUUCGAUAGGGAUGGCAAUGGCUACAUUGAUCCCCAGGAACUGAAAGCAGCCAUGGCCAGCAUGGGACAGCGGAUGACUGAUGCUGAAAUCGAUGAGAUGAUCCAGGCUGCCGACAAAGACGGCGAUGGCCGGGUCAACUACGAGGAAUUCAUCAACAUCCUCCGUCCCAAGGCUUAAAGAAAGCGACAAAGCAUAGGGAUAUACCGUGGCCUCCGAACCAGCUAUCCCAGGGUUCCUUGCGUGUGCGCGAAUGUGAUGUCGGCCAUCUUGGUUUCCUUGUAGAAGCUAGAACAUACAGAGAUGGGAAUAGUCGGUGAAUAGCUUACAGUGGAGAAGAGCAAGAAUGGGACCUAAGACAAUCCAGGUUAAAUGUACAAGCACAAAGUAGACGGUACAUGAUUUUCUCAUGCAACAAACCGAAUUAGAACAGAAACAUCCUAUCUUAGCAGGUAGCUAAAUACAUCAUAUCCUUACAUAAGGAAUGAUAGUGGUGCUCUAUAUAAUUCAUUAGAAGUAUAAUCCUAAAAUGUGCUCGUAUGAAAAGAUGGUUUGUAGAAAUGGCAAUGGUAAAUAUGACAACUUUGGAGUGAGAUGGAAACUAAGAUGGCGGCCACAUAAAAAAUCGGCAAAUCCUAUCCGGUGACAGUCUAGCGUCUUAUUCUUUCUUCCUUGACGUAGGGUUGGUGCCAGACAGUAGAUCGGCAAAUUAACGGUGCUCGCGUAGACGACUAACUCGUAACUGUAAAUGGUUCAUUAUAUGGGGCCAGGAAAGGGGAUGUUUGAAACAUGCUUGAGUCAGGAAGAAAGGGUAACGCCUAUACCUUGCAUGUAAAAUUGCUCUGCCGUAAUAUGUAUUUAAAAGAAAAAUAUAAAUGUGCUAACCUUAGGUAUGUCGUGUUGUGGUAAACUGAGUUGCAUUUUCUAACGUUCAUUCUGUCUGUCUGUCUGUCUGUCGAAUAACGUUUAUGAAGCAUGCUGUAGAAAUAAUGGUCACUCCCGAGUUGCAAUUUACGUUCCACAUAUGCACAGUAUAACGACGUCUGCAUGGAAGUCUGCUAUAUAACACGGACAAUGGGAGCGUUCUUCCUCUAUAGCAACUCUUCUGAUACAUCAUUUAGUCACGAAUGAACUUUGCUGCUAACAUGUAUGCAUGACAACAUUCAGAAUCCUUCUUUUAUCAUACGUCGUCUUGCUCAUAUAUCUGUGUAGCCCUACAUUGAGUGAGUUGGGUGAGUUGUAGCUAGCUGUUGUUGUAAGUGUUGAAGCAAUAAUGUCUGUCGAUACCCUGUCCUCGUGUUUGUGAGUAGCGGUAUGUAGAAUGAUUGGCCCUUCAGCGGGUAGCUAUAUUGAAAUCUCGUCUGCUUUUUUGCAAAGAAAAAACUACAUUAUACUCCCGCCAUGCUUUGCAGCAAUAACUUCGCGCGCAAGGGACUCUGGGAAUCUUGUCGCUAUGGCCAUGGGUCCAACUUAGCCUAUCUUUAACAUAUGUUUACAAUAUUUACAAGAAUUUUAUACGGAAACAUAGCAAUAUACAAUCUCUGGCAUUUAUGACGUGACGGCUAGACAUCUAAGUUAGCGGCCAGUUUAAGUAGGAAACGACGUAAGGUUAAAGUAGAGUAGUUGUAGAAGCUAAAGUCCAUGAACAAAGAAAACGUGAGAUAUUGUAAUGAUCAUCGGUGUUGAGUUGCCCUCAGCAAAGCUUUCCCUUGUUUGAGGCCUCUGUGAAUCGAUCUGAUCAGAAAAUAAACGACAGUUUUGAUCUAUGAA